AUGGGUGAAUAUCUGAGUUCUCCGAAAAAAGAUAAAGAUUCAAUUGAUGGCCAAAAUACCCAGUUGAGAUAUGGUGCAUGUGGAAUGCAAGGCUGGAGAAAGACAAUGGAGGACGCGCAUGUGACUUCACUUGAUGUGAUUGAGGGGGAAAUAUCUGUCUUCGGUGUCUUUGACGGGCAUGGAGGUUGCGAAGUGGCUCGCUUCGUAGAGAAUCACUUGGUCGAUGAGUUGAAGAAAAACGAAAAUUUCAAGAAGGGCAAUUACAGACAGGCACUUAUUGACGUGUUUUUGCAGUUAGAUAAAAUGUUAUUGACAGAGAGUGGCAAGAAAGAGCUAGUUAGAAUUUCACAAAAAUAUGGAUCGAUGUCCACAGGUCAAUCCUAUGACGGAGGUGAUCUAGCAGUUCAAGCAGGAUGCACUGCAUGUGUUGCUCUAGUGACAAGAACUGAAAUAUAUGUUGCCAAUGCAGGAGAUACAAGAUGUGUUAUCGCAGCUAAAGGUAAAGCAAAAGAUUUGUCAACUGACCAUAAGCCAGAUUUGCCAAAUGAAAAACGAAGAGUGCAAAGAGCGAGUGGAUUUGUAGAAGAAGGCAGAGUUAAUGGUAUUAUUGCUAUUUCAAGAGCAAUAGGUGAUUGGGAAUAUAAAAGUUAAAGUUUGAAACCAGAAGACAAUAUGGUCACAGCUUUCCCUGAAGUAGUAGUAGAAUAACUUAGACCAGAACAUGACUUCAUGAUAAUUGCAUGUGAUGGUAUAUGGGAUUGCAUGACCAGUCAGCAGGCAGUUGAUUUUGUAUAUGAAACUAAGGCAAGACUAUUAAAGAGGUAAUCAUAAAGUCCUUCCACAAGCCCUUCUAAAAUAAAGGCUUCUUAAACUACAUAACCAGCAGGUAGAAAAUCUGUUGUAUCUCCAACAAAGAAACCUGGUCUUACCUUAACAAAAAUGGGAUCAGUUCCUGCUUAAAAAAUUUCAAAUACUAAUUUCAGCCAGAUAUCAACUAACAGUAGCUAAGCUAGUAACGGACCAGUAAAUUAAGCUCCAUUGGUGGUUGUUUCAAGAAUUGUUGAACUUAUGAUGGAUAAAAUAUGUCCUUCAAAUCUUGCAACAUCUGAGGGUUUAGGUGCAGAUAAUAUGACAUGUAUCAUCAUUGAAUUCAACAAACCAAGUGAAUGA